AUGACUUUCCAGGGUCUCUCCCUCCUGAGCGAGCGAUGGGGGCGGGUCGGAGUCCUGGGGGCCGGGAGCGGCUGGGCUGGGGCUCUGCUAGUGACACUGGUGGUGCUGAGAACCCACCCGGCUCAUUGCACGGAGCCCCCAAGGCAGUUCGUGUACCAGCGCAAGUCUGAGUGUCACUUCACCAAUGGUACCAAGUGGUUCUGGUACCUGGACCGGUACAUCUGGAACCAGCAGCCGUACCUGCACUUCGACAGCGACCUGGGGCGGUUCGUGGCGGACACGGAGCUGGGCCGGCCGAUUGCCGAGUACUGGAACAGCCGGCCCGAGAUCCUGGCGGCCGAACGGGCUGAGGUGGACACGUUCUGCCGGCACAACUACGGAGUGGAGGCGCCUUUCACCGUGGGCAGGAGAGAGGCGCAGUCUGACUUCGCCAGGAGCAAGAUGCUGAUGGGGGUCGGGGGCUUCGUGCUGGG